AACUUUAAACUUUCAAUGAAAAUAAAGAUAUUACAAUGUGAAGAUGAAGAACUGUAUUUUACUAUUAUGUUUCAUAGUGUCCGUUAAAUCGUUCCUGACAAUAACACAGCAAGCCUCAAAGGGAAGAACUGCUAUAUUAGAAUGCGAGUACCCAAUAGAAACAAUAGUUGUCCAGUGGUCUCGAGUUGGUAUUGGUAUCCUUACCACCUGCAACAUUCCUGGAACUUGCUUACCAAUGGAGAACACAAGAUACUCUGCCAACGUCUCCAGGUCUUUGUCUAACUUCAUUAUAAAAGAUUCAAGAUAUGAAGAUGAUACAGGAAAUUGGACCUGCACCGUUAAUAGCACAGCGCACUCUCGGGUAGCAACACAACAGGUUAUUGUUUCCACUCUGCCAAGCAGUUUUCAUUUUGUGAAAGGACCUGUGAGUCAAAUCAUUAUGCCUGACGAAGGACUGGAUCUUGAGGCGAAAGCUGUUUGUGUAUAUCCAAAGCCACACGACGUUUUUCUAUACUACAAAAUAAAGGGAGAUGAUACUUUCAAUCUUUUCCAAAAACGAAACGCAAAGAUGUAUUUUGCUCCUGGUAACGACCAAAACUGUGCUGUCCACGAAUACGAACUACUAGCUAAAUUCAACAUUCAAAAGGAAGAUUUUCUAGACUUGACCUUGUCAUUUAGAAUGCAGUACAGAGCGCUAACAGGGGCUGAUGUGUCAAGUGUAGAAACGCCCUAUGUUAUUUUUCCAGGAUAUCCCUGUCAAAUAAAGCCAUGCAGAAACGGGGGAACAUGUCGAGUUCUGUCUUUCACUCAUUACGUAUGCAGCUGUGUUGACAGAUAUACAGGCAAAAACUGUGAAACUCCGGUGGAUCCUUGUGUAUCUGAUCCUUGUCAGAACUACGGUAUUUGUCACGGAAAUAAAGAUCAUUAUACGUUUGAAUGCAGAUGUGAGCAGGGUUUCUCUGGAAAAACUUGUGAACAGAAAGCAGAUACAAGCGGAUCAUACCUUAAAGGUACCGUCUACUUAUUUUGGAUGAUUAUGGCUGGAAAUAUGUAUCACCUGUUCUGGCGUGUUCUUUUCUAAAGCAUUGCAGAGUAACAAGAAUUAAGGAACAUUAUACAUU